UCGCAAAAAAUCGCGUUUGCCGAAACCUUAGUUUCAACAUACCACGCUACUGCAAAACUAAAAUUCGCCCAAUUGCUGCUAAACGAAUCAACGGAACACUGAAAACGAGGCGUUUGCAGGGUCCGCAGGGCAUUUUUUGUUUUUUUGAUUUUAUCCGAAAAGAAUUGACCGGUUUUUGAGAGUUUUGAGCGGCUUCAUUAAAAAACAAAACUCCAUGUUUCUUUCAGUUAAAUUGUUCGAUUACAUUGAAGAUUGGACUUACUUCAUCUCAUAACAGUGGAAUUUUUUUCUGUUCUGCACUGUAACUGAAGAAUUGUACUAAUUUUCUUGUUUUGACUAGCUUUGAGUUUAUUUUUCGGUCCACAAUUGGAUGAAGAAUAUGCAGUUUCCCUCACCUAGUCACAAUGUUUAUGGGUUACAAGAUGGUUCUACGCAAGUACCUGAUCCUAAAAGCGGACAAUUUGUCAGCGAGUUGCCGCUCCAGUCGCAGCAAAUUACUUUUGACGACGGCCAGCGAAAGAAGAAAAAGCAUAAACUGACACCACAGCAAUCAGGUAUCCUCACACGUGAAUUUGAGGCUGACAGGCAUCCCUCUAUGGAAAGGCGAAAGUACCUUGCUGAGUUUUGCCAUCUCCCCAAGAAAACAAUUGACGUUUGGUUUCAAAAUCAACGAGCCAAAUUAAAGGCUCGAACAAGACAAGAGGAGGCUAAAGUACAAGAAAACUUUUUCCUCAAUCCGAAACUGGCAAUAAUCGCAGGCUCUAAUUUUGGAGACAUGAAUAAAGAGGCCGCAACGAGAAUGGUAAGUGCACCACAAGAAGCAUCGGCUUCAGUUCAGGUUAGUGGAGGUAAAAUACUUGAAGGAGACGAUGGUUUGGCAGCGUUUCCCUGCAAGUUAUUACUUAUUGGCGAAUGGAAACGGUAUCAAGCUACACAGGAUGACAUUUCUUGCUAUUAUUCGACACGAAAGGCAUUUAUUGUUUAUAUACUUCGUUAUCGUGAAGUUGAAUAUGGAAUCAAGGUACCUUUCUCAACAAUUGAAUCCAUUCAUGUAAAUAUGGCUUCAAGCAUAGAGCUAAAUCCUGAAAAACAAAAAGCUUUAAAGCAAUCACCUUCGCAAGAAUCACCCCUAUGGCUUCAGCUUAUCAUCCAUCUUUCUGUGCCCCCGCAAUUCUUUGCAACGGUUAACUUUCAACGGCAACAAUGUAUGGACUUUACAGAGGGUCAACAAGCAUCUCGUAUUUUGAUCCAUUCUUUGUAUGGUGAAUUUCAGCCGACUUUUCGCGUAAUUGAGGACAUAAAAGAGCGUUCACCAGAGCUGGGUUCGGUCAUUUACUAUUCAAAAGCAUUAUUACAUUCACAUGCAAUAUCUACCGGUACUUUAGGGGAAUCUGCGAAACAAAUGUCUCCGAUUGGACAAAAUAAAGAAGCUACAACAAGUGCACCAGCACCUAUGAUGAGAGAAACGACAGCUCCUGCUCAACCCGACGUUUCAUUCGAUGGUAAUCAUCAUUUAAAAAGUUAUCCCCAAAAUCGGGGCUUCGCUUCUGUCGCAGCACAAAAUCAAGGUUAUAUGCCUCAUGAGUACGCGGGAGCAAUGCCGCCAAAUUACAAUAUUGCUCGUCAGCAAAAGCAGCCGUCGGUCGGUGCACUCCAGUCUUUUCCUCCCACUAGUCAAGAGAAUUUUGCUCAAAUGGAAGUGCCAUUGAUGGGUGAAACUCCUUUCUUAGCUGCUUUUGUCCCUCCUACUGGAACAGAAGCCGAAGACAUGUAUGAUGGUUUUCCGACAACGACAGCGACAGCACCAAACGAAUCUACCCCACAGUUGCCUAUUUCGCAAAUUCCUUUCUCGUCCGAUGCACAUCUGUUGGCGGUUCCGGAAUGGAAUGUAGAGGAUCUUGCAGCAUUUCGAGACACGGGUAAUGAACAGCCUGUGGCCUACCCCUCGUCAUUUCCUGCAAAUGCGCCUGAUGGGCAAGAGUAUACAUCGUACGGACUGAACCAUAGUUCGCCUGCAGACAUCUCAAUGAUCCCUCAUCAACUUGAUCCAGCCCAAUUUGAAGGACAUCCACCAAAUGUCUCUUCUCAUCCUGCCCAAGCGCCCUCCAAUUAUUCGUUUUCCACAUUUGGUGCUCAUCCUUCACAAAGAAUGAACCCUGCAACCUCAUUGGAUUCUGCAAGUACUGCUUUUCCAAAUCAACAACCAUCCUCCGAACAUCUUACGUACCGAAACAAACAGAACCCGAACCCGUAUUUUCCCUAAACCUUUAGAGAACGUUUCUUUUUUUUUUUGAGUGUGGCCUCCCUUUUUCUUGAGUAGAAUCCGGUUACUGUUCCUUAUUUUUCAUGUUUAAAUGUAAUCUUAUGUAUAUAGUUAUGAAUAAUAUUUUCCUUAUCUCUGAACUUUCAA